AACGAAGCAGGAGCCCCGCAAGAGGGAGAGAACACCUGAGAAGGAGGAGCUCCCCCAGAAGAAGGGAGUGUUUCACAUGAUAUUCGGUGGGCCGAUCAAUGGAGACUCGAAUCGAGCCAGGAAGGUGUAUGCUCGAGGUCGACACGCGACAUUCGAGAUACAACAGGUAGAGGAGAAUGGUCCUGUGAUGAAUUUUGGGCCAGCAGAUGUAGGGGAGGUCGAGAGGCCUCACAAUGAUGCCCUAAUGAUAACUGCCCAGGUGUCGGGCUAUGAGGUACAAAGAGUUUUUGUCGACACAGGGAGUUCAACGAAUGUGAUCUUUUAUGAAUGCCUCAAGAGGAUGGAGCUCGAUAUACAGCUCACACCCCUGCACACGUCUUUCUUUGGAUUCAAUGGUUCGGAGGUCACGCCCCUGGGAGAGACUAGGCUCGCUGUCGUCUUAGGGAAGGGCGACUUAAGGAAAGUGAAAAUGGUGAGAUUCGUA